AUGAAUGGAUAUCUUUUCGUUGCCGGUAGUUAUAUCGAGGGGAACGUUGAUGCGAUCUGGGGCAAAGGCGCAGGCUACAUCCUGGCAUCCACUAUAUCUCCAAACAAAGACGGGGUCAGUCUUACCGCCGACAAGCGAUCAAAAAACUCUUCACAAGCAGGCUUCGUUUUUGACCAGUGCACUAUUUCCCCUGCAACGAGCACAAAGCCUCUAUCUGAGAUCUCCCUUGGUCGUCCUUUGAACCGAUUUGCAAGAGUGGCGUACAUAUACUCUUCUCUGGACGCUUGUGUGCAAGCGGCUGGGUGGGAGGAGUGGUCCUCUAGUAGCCCUCGAACUAGUGACGUCUUAUUUGGGGAGUAUAAAAACCACGGCGAUGGAUCAGACACCUCAAAACGAGCAUCAUUUGCCGUUCAGCUCGAUGAACAAGCGGCAGCAAACUUUGAACUAGCUAAAUUUUUCCCUGACACAGAGUGGAUCGAUCUCAACCAUGUGAAUGCAACUCCGUUUGAGGCCGGCCAGCCAGCCCCAGGCUCCGCAGACACUUCUGCCCCGACAUCUACAACUGGGGGUGCUAAUCAAACCGGUGCAACGAAGACAGCAACUGAAACAUCGACAGCGAUCACCAAAAUUACAAUUGCAGCAGAUGAAGUGACUUCCACCGAGACAUUUGUCAUUACUAUCGAUUUAGGCACGACUGUGUCCCCAGCCUCAGCGACUAAGGACAUUACCUUUGAAGCUACGACAACCAUACUCUAA